AUGGAGUCAUUUUUGAAACCCCAGUGCUCAUUUCAGGAUCAGUAUCUGAAGUCAUUUGAACUCUUCUUAGCACGAUCCGAUGAACAUCACAUGAAAAAAUUCUUUGACAAUGAUCUACCAGGUAUCAUAACCAGUAUUGGGAAAAACGGAGCCUCCUGUCUAAAUGUGCUGGGGGUAGGAAGUGGUUCAGGUGAAAUAGACUUUGAAAUACUUGAGAAAAUUCAGUCCAAGCAUCCAGGUGUUUCAAUUCACAAUGAAGUGGUGGAGCCUAAUCCUAAACAAAUCUUCAAGUACAAAGAGCUUGUAAAAAGGAAGAAUCAAGGACUUAACAUCUCUUUCACUUGGAACCAGAUGUGUUCAGAAGAAUAUGAAAAGCAAAAUAAGGAGAGAAACAAAAGCAAGAAGUUUGAUUUCAUCCAUAUGAUUCAGAUGUUAUACUUUGUGGAAAAUGUGCAUCAUACUAUCAAGUAUUUUCAGAGCCUUCUGGAAAGGAAUGGCAAACUUCUAAUAAUACAGAGAACAGGUCAUAAUGGAUGGAAUUCACUUUGGAAAAAAUUCAGAUCCCGUUUACCUAGAGAAAGCGGUCCCAUUGAUGUGCGAAAAGUGCUUGAUGAAAUGAGAGUGACAUAUCAGAGUUAUGAGUAUCCCUCUUACUUUGAUAUCACAGAAUGUUUCAUUGAAGGAAAUGAAAAUGGGGAAUGUCUGAUAGAUUUCCUCACAAAUGUAACAGAUUUCAAGAAAACUGCCCCUGAGGAUCUCAAGUCUGAAGUUCUUCAAUACCUCCACCAACCUCCACAUUCAAGAGAGGAAAAUGAGAAAAUUCUGUUAAACAAUGAUUUGAGUUUCACAGUAAUUGACUGCUGAUUGGAUUUCCUUCAGUAAGUUGUUUUCCAGCAAA